AUGGCAUUCACUAUCUCAGCCGUCACCUACGACGACGCUGCUGUAGUUUCAAAAAACAACAUGACAGCCUUCUAUCACACCGAUACUCAUUGGCGCGCUCUUUGGAAGUCGACGCCUUUGAAUGAGAUAAUCGAGGGCGCCACAGCUCGUAUGCCGCACAGCCUCGCCGGCGGUAGGGAGAAGAAGAGACACCAAAAAGCCGUUGUUGACGAUGGCGGUGAAGUCGUUGGCUACGCACGGUGGAUUCUACCCGAUGAUGACCACCGCAUUUCUUGGCCCGAAGCAGCUGUUCGCGAACCCAGUCAAGAGGAAGUCGACGAUUUCAGGGCAGCCUUCCAGGCCAGUACAGAUGGCGACUCUAUCAGUGGUAUGGACGGAAAACUACAAGCUGCUCUUGGACUGCCUCUUGAGGAGGCUGAAAUUGCCGCGAUGCGAUCACAGGAAGGCCCAUUCCUGGUUCUUGACUAUCUUGCGGUGCACCCAGAUUACAGGCGGAAGGGGAUUGCUUCAGCUUUAGUGAAAGAGGGCCUAGAGCAAGCUAAUGCCGUCGGAAUGAAAGUCUGGGUAAUGGCUACUAAGACUGCACAGCCGAUGUACGAGAAGCUGGGAUUUGAGCUCGUGGAUACCGUCGAAACAUCUGUCACAGAAUUCGGAAUUGCAGAGCCGCACAAGAAAGCCUUCUUGAUGAAGAGAUAG